AUGCCACAGACUCAUCAUUCCCCACUAAUAACAUCUCUGUCUUUAAUCGGCUUAAAGUUUCUCUUUAUUUAUUUAAGAGUGAUUUGUUCUUUCAAUGACAGGCGUAAUGGGAUUCCCUCAGCCAAUCCAUUUAGUAAUAAUCACUGUGGUGGUAAUAAUAGCAGGAUAUGCAAAUUAUGGUGGUGUGGCAGCUCAGUCUACAGGAUGUGCAACAUCUAUGGCAACACUUUCUCCUUGCGUAGGGUAUAUUACAAGCAAUGUCACCACAUCACCUCCACCACAGAGCUGCUGCACUGCAUUAUCGUCAGUAGUGCAAACCAGCGCAGUCUGUCUGUGUCAGCUGUUCAUCGCCAGUAAUGCUUUUGGCAUCCCCAUUAAUCAAACACAGGCUCUCGCUCUUCCAGGAGCCUGCAAAAUCAGCACUCCAGCUCUCACCCGCUGUAAAGUUGCAGGCGUUCCAGCUCCAGCUCCAGUUACCGGUCCUAGCAAUCCUGUACUGCCUCCUACAGUAAGUGUUCCUUCCUCUUCCCCUGCUCCUGCAACUUCUGUUCCAAAUGCACCGGCCCCCACUUCACAAUCACCAUCAUUACUUCCUCCCACAACUCCUGUUGGAGGAAUUAGUCCAGCAGCUCGAGCGAGACCAACAGCUAAUGCAGGAGUCCUUUUCACUCCAUCAACAAUAUUCAGUGUUUUGGCAGGAGCGAUUGUAUUGAGUGCUAUGUGCUAAACAUCUUUCUUCUAUAUCUGUGUUGGAUACUCUGACAUGGACUUGUGUGUAUUAUUUAUUGCAUAGGAAUCUUUCAGUUUGUUUCCCCUGUUCAGGAAGUCCUCGUCUACUUAUAAUAGGGAUUGUAUUCUUGUAGAGUUUAUAUAGCUGGUUGAUAAUGACUUGGGUGUCUUGCAACCAUUCUUUCUACUCUAAAUAAAUAAGGAUGUACCCAUCCACUGUAAUAGAGCGCACCAUUCAUUCUGUGUGUACUUUUUCAAUUUUGAUUUAAUCUUUCAAUA